GGCUCAGUGAGACAACAGGAGCUGGAGCUGCCCCUUAAGGAAGACCUGGAGAUUUAUUUCUGACACGUUACUCUCCCAUUGUCUCCACCUGUAUGGUUAGAUGUGGAGCUGUGCCCCGAGGAGAAGGAGGAGGAAGAGGGGUGCAAGGGAUAGAUACAUAGAAAUGGUCAUCCUGGUGUCAUCAUCUAAGGCACUUGCACUUCCUCACAGCCCUGGGGGGCCUUGUGGCUGUGCCGCUCAUCCUGGCCAAGGACCUGUGCCUGCAGCAUGACCCUCUGACCCAAAGCUACCUCAUCAGCACCAUUUUCUUCGUCUCAGGCAUCUGCACCCUCUUGCAAGUGUUUCUAGGGGUCAGGCUGCCCAUUCUUCAAGGAGGGACCUUUGCCUUUGUGGCUCCCUCUCUGGCCAUGCUCUCUCUUCCUGCCUGGAAAUGCCCAGAGUGGACUCUCAAUGCCAGCCAGGUGAACACCAGCUCUCCUGAAUUCAUCGAGGAGUGGCAGAAGAGGAUCCGAGAGCUGCAGGGUGCUAUCAUGGUGGCUUCCUGUGUCCAGAUGCUGGUGGGUUUUUCGGGCCUCAUCGGCUUUCUCAUGCGCUUCAUCGGCCCCUUGACCAUCGCGCCGACCAUUUCCCUUGUGGCCCUGCCUCUCUUUGAUUCUGCCGGCAGUGAUGCUGGGAUCCACUGGGGGAUUUCUGCCCUGACCAUCUUCCUCAUCGUGCUCUUUUCUCAGUACCUCAAAAAUGUCAUGGUUCCUGUGCCAGUUUAUGGAAGAAGGAAGAAGUGUCACAUCUCCAGGUUCAACCUGUUUCAGGUCUUCCCUGUGCUGCUAGCUCUGUGCCUCUCGUGGCUCUUUUGCUUCGUGCUCACUGUCACCAACACCCUCCCUGAGUCCCCCACGGCAUAUGGAUACAUGGCCCGUACAGACACCAAAGGCAGCGUCCUGAGCCAGGCCCCCUGGUUCCGCUUCCCUUACCCAGGGCAGUGGGGCCUCCCCACCAUCAGCCUGGCUGGAGUCUUUGGAAUCAUUGCUGGAGUGAUCUCCUCCAUGGUGGAGUCGGUGGGUGAUUAUCACGCCUGUGCUCGGCUGGUUGGGGCCCCACCCCCUCCGAAACAUGCCAUCAACCGUGGCAUUGGCAUUGAGGGCCUUGGCUGCCUGCUGGCAGGGGCCUGGGGGACCGGGAAUGGUACCACGUCCUACAGUGAGAACGUCGGGGCACUGGGCAUCACCAGGUUCUGCACAUCUUCAUGUACCCGACUCCUCCCCUUCUGGCCCAGGCUAGACCACCACAGAGACGAGGUGGGAGUGAGCCAGCUCACUCUGUGUUCCCAGACCUCCUCUGGAAAUCACCUGUGGAGUGCUGCAGAAACCAAGAUGUGAAUAGAAUGCACAUUCCAUGCCUCCCCCCACCUUCUCAUAGCCAAACUCUGGCCUGCAAAAUGCAAAGAUCUAUGUUCACAAAUAGUCACACAAGGGUCCUUCCCAGGACCUUCCACACCUGGAUACCGUGGUGGCCACACAGUGUUGAUGAAGAGCAUAAUCAGUAUGGAGCUGGCCCCAGGGCAUCCUUCUACUGUCUCCUGGCUCCAGAGUGGACAAGGGGUCUGGGAUCUCCACAAUUUCCCUCCACUGUUUCCCAGGGAGAAUCAGGCUUAGGUCCUCAAAUUUUGAUAGGUUCUGAGUCAAGGGAAAGGACCUCUCCCAACCCCACUUUAGACAACAGGAACUCUUUUUGCUCGACCAAACCCACAUUCAAAAGAAAGAAGCCUGCUCUUGGACAAUGCUCAGCAAUAUUCUGGUGGAUCAGGAGGAGGAGGCGUGCUGUGGAACAGGGGCGGGCUGUUUGGUGAAAGCUGACGAGGCCAGGCAGCCUUUAAGGCUAGCUGGGCGACUUGGCAAGAUCCUGUCUCAAAAUAAAAAGAAGUAAAAAGCAAGGUAGGGAUGCUGGAGAGAUGGCUCCAUGGUUAAGAACACUGGUUCUUGCCGAGGAUCCAGGUUCAAUUCCCAGUACCCACAUGGUGGCUCACAACCAUCCCCAGCUGCAGUUCCGGGAGAUCUGACACCCUCUUCUGACCUCUGUACCAGAAACAUAUGUGGUGCACAGAUGUACAUGUAAGCAAAACACUCAUACACAUAAAAUAAAUAAAUCUUUUUUU